AUGACUUGGUUUGAUGGAUUCAAAGUAUGUGGGAAAUAUUUGCUUGUUGCUCGUUUAGGUUUCCUACGUAACGAUUUAUGUGGGAAAACUGUUUCCGUAGGAAGCAUGCAGGAUUUCUAUUUAUCUCAUAAGCACUGUUUUACGUUUCAGAAACCACUUCACGAUUCUGAAAUUGAGAUCCAGCUGUCACAGCUACUUUGUUCAUCGGAAGAAGAAAACCUUGAUGAUGAAGCAGUUGACUCUUUUGCUACCAGUAGUUACAAUGUCGAUUUCGACAAGCGUUUGGAUGAGAUUCAAGGUAUUUCUGUCGAAGAAUUACAUUCUUUAUUGGUGGGAGAAUCAGAUUUGUCUCUUAUCCAAGAUGAAACUUUUUUGAAUUCACCAGUUCAACAGAUUUUUAAGCCGAUUCUUCCUCAAGUGGCUUCAACUUCACAAGAUGCAAUCGCUGAAGUCCAUGCAGGCCCUUCUCAUGUGAUUUCGGAUGUUCCUAUGCUACUUGAUCAAAAUCCUGGUGAAACAACCUCACUUGUUUCUGUAGCUGAUGUCCAGGCAGACCACUCUUCCCCAGUACCACUAUUGGCAGAGCCUGAUGAAAGCUCUAAUGCAGAACCAACAUCUUCUUUCUCUAGGGAUAAAUUCAUUCGAUUUCAAAAUAAAUCAAGAGAUUGGUCUUUUGCAACUGAUGAUAUUACUUGGCCUAUUUUCGAGAAGAAAAUGCAGAUAAAAAAAUUACAAUAA